AUGUCGGGUGAUGUUAGUAGCUCUUCUUUAUGUGCAACAGCUUCAGUGCUAUCCAACUUGAACAGGCACGAAAAUGUGAUUGAAAUGCAGCGAUCAAAACGAAAUUUAUCGGGUAAAAGUGGUUCUGAUGAAACUGAUAGCAAGGACGUACUUGCAGCUCAAUCGAAAUUUGCGUCUUUCCAGUUUUCUCAGAUGAUGAGUGAUUCUCCACCUAGUGCUAUAUCGGAUGAUACUCUUCUUUCGCUAUUUGAGGGGAGAAUUCCCAAAACAACUGUUGAAUAUGAUCGGUUGCUUACUAAAGCUGUUGAGUUACUUCAUCAGAAGAUGCAACGCGAUGAAGAAAUUGUUUGUCUUCGGUCUCGAAACGAGUCACUUGCUCAGACCAAUAGAAGCAUGCGAGAAAAGAACGUACGCUUGCACGCAAAAGCCGAACAAGAGGAGGAGUACAUUUCAAACAUGUUACUAAAACGAAUACAGAGACUUAAGAAUGAUAAAGAGGCCUUAGCUUUGAAGUAUGAACAAGAAGAAGAAUUUUUAACUAAUGAUCUGACACGUAAAUUAACUCAGUUGCAAAGCGAACGGGAUGAAUUAGCGGGUCGCAUAGAGGCUGAACAAAGUUCCGUUGUGGAUAGACUUCUUGUAAAAAUUAGGAAGUUGGAAGCAGAAAUAAAUGCAAAUCAUACUGCCUUGGAGCAACUGAGACGAGAAAAAGUAGAUUUGGAAAAUGCAUUAGAACAUGAACAAGAAUCCUUGUUCAACACGCUUGGGAAACGUAUGGACCAAUUGGAAGCAGAAAAAAGGCGUAUGCAAGCUCGUCUAGAGCAGCAAACAACCCCUGAAGAGCAUUCUCCAGGAACAUCAGUGACGGAAAUUUUUCCAACUUCUCACGAAGAAGGGUCAGAACGGCGUUCUUCUCGAGCGGAAGUGGAAGCACGUAAGUUACGUGAAGAAUGCAGACGGCAGCGGAGUGUGAUUGCUAAUCUGAAAGGGAUCAUUGACAAGUUGCAGCGGCAGUUGAGUUCACAGGAAUCAAUUGUUGCGCAGUUGUUGUCUAUGAGGGAAAAGGCGGCAGAAACGCGUGCGGAUAUUAGAAGGAGUCGUGCUCGAAUGGAGACCAAUUUGGCUCGGUGUUUAGAAAGUUACCGUGUUUUUGCUGCUUCGGAAACAGCAAGAGAAGCUGAUGAAGACAAAGUAAUGGAUGAACUGAUUAAUCGAAUUUCUAUUCCCAAAAGUACCACACCAACUUUACCGCCUGCGUCACCCGCUGCUGCACCCGGUUCGCAAACAUCUGAGACAGACUUACCCUUGCCAACUAUUGAAAAAAGGCCGCCUUCGGUGAGGUCGGAUUCCCAAGUGGAUAGGAUGGAAGAAGGCUCUGAAGUGGCCGAUGUAGAUAUUGAUUCGCAGAUGGACGGGGCUUUUUCUACAGAUGAUGGUGGUCACUAUAUUGAUGAUACUCUAAAGGGUGAAACGCCAUAUUCUCUUCAGUUUGGUAUAACAAAUGAGGAUUCUAACGAGUCUUCUGAGUCGGUCAAUAUCAACAUUGAACAGUUUGCACGUCCAGCUCUUCCUCCUGCUCGUUCUCCUGGAGGAAAAAAAGAAUUUUAG